GCUGUGGGAGGAGGUGAGAUGGCGGCGGGGGGGAGGAUCCGGGCGCCGCCCGCUGCUGCUGCCACCGCCUCCCUCCCUGCCUCCGGUCGCCGCCGGCCCUGCUGACGUGUCUGCUCCCUCCCUGCCGCCGGCGCCCAGCGAUCAUGGCCGCAGCGCCGCCGGCUCCUUGGCCGCUCCUCGCCCUGCUGCUACUGCUGCUGCUGCCGCGGCCGCUCGGCGCCGAGCUGGGCCGCCGCUUCGCCGAGCGCAAGCGCUGCGCCGACCCCGAGUGCAGCAUGUUGAUGUGCCGAGGGAAGGCGAUGCAGGAUUUUAAAGGUCCGGACUGUCGCUUUGUAAAUUUUAAGAAAGGAGAAGCGGUGUAUGUAUAUUACAAGCUAAUAGGAAAAUCAACGGAGCUUUGGGCUGGAAGCGUUGGAAGUGAUUUUGGAUAUUUUCCAAAGGAUUUACUUGAAAUAAAUCAUAAUUAUACCAAUGAGGAGCUAGAACUACCAACAGAUGAAACAGAUUUUGUUUGCUUUGAUGGUGGAAGGGAUGAUUUUGAUAAUUAUAAUGUGGAUGAGCUUUUGAAGUCAUCAGGAGAGACUAUAAAAAAUGAAGGAGAAACAGAAUCAAGCGAUUCAGGGACAAAGCCAAUUGAAGGAAACAAGAGAGAUGAAGAGAUGGAAGAGGCUGAUACAAUAAAGUCCCUUGAUGCUUUGGAGAUAGACGAUCUUGAGCUAAGCACAGAAGAAGACGACAAGGAAGCCCUCUCUUUGACGGAGGAAAUAGACAGUCCUUUUACAGAAGGAACUGAAAAUACUGGGGGAGACCCCAGUGUAAAUAGUCAUGAAGAAAACUCUCAGGGAGAUCAAAUUGCACAUGAGCACUUGAAAGGAAUGCUACAUGAGAAACUAAAAGGGCUAGAAAGUGAAAAUACCAAAAACACCAGUAUUCCUCAGGAUAAAACCAGUCAACUUGACAAAGAGAGUGAAGAAGUCAAUGCCUAUACACUUUUAAACAGAGAGCUGUCUGUGAACUUGAAAACAAAAUUUGGUUCUACUGCUGAUGCUGUUGUAUCUGAUGAUGAUGUGACUAGCCUUGUUACAUCACUGGAAGAUGAUUUUAAUGAAGAUUUGAGCAUUGAUGCUCAUUAUACAGAGGAGGAACAAGACUUUACAGAUCAGUCUGAAGAAAUCCCUCUGCUGUCAUUUAUGGCAGGAGAAGAAAUUGUAACCCUAGAGGAUUCAGAAGCUGAUGGCAAUGGCAUUGAAUCACAAAAUGAACCUGAUGAAAAUGUGAAGGGUGCUACCAAGCUAAAUCACCAAAAAGAUGAUGAGAAAAAAUAUGAUUUGGAUACAUUAAUUCUUGAGCAUGCCUUCAGCGAGAGCAGGAGGUCAGGUGACAAUAUAAAUGUGGAUAUGUCUGAAUCUGUAGAAACAAAAGAGAAGCAGGAUGAGGUAAUGCUAAUUAGUAAAAAAGAAGCAGCAGCAACACCUCAAUUUGUGGAUCUCUCCAAAGAGCUCCUUAGAAAAGAACCUGUGGUUGCAAGUGAUCCUGGUUCAGAGGGAAAAACAAAUAAAACUGAACAUUUUGAAGAACAGCUCAUGGAUGGUGGGACUGAAUCACAUACUAAAGAGCUGAAGAGUACAUCUGUGCCUGAUUCCCAUGUUUUCCCUAGUCCAGGAGAUGAAUCAUCUCUUAAAGGCAAGCAAGACGCUUUAAAGCCAUUCCUCGGUGACCUCAACAGAAGUCCAGAAGGAGCACCACUUGCUGAAACAAUUGAAGAGGAAGAAAACAUUGAGGAUGAGAACUUGGAGGAGGAGAUCUUGGAAAGUGAUUUAAAGCACAAAAUGUUAUGGGAGAAAACAAAGGAGAAAGGAAGAGCAGAGGAUAAGCCUUCUGUUGAUGCUCCAGCCAAACCAGUCGAAGAGGUACAAAAUGCAUCUCAAAAUGACUUGAGAGAUACUGACCUGUCAUUUAAUGACAAAAUGGAGCAUGGAAUGCCUGCUGUGGAGAAAGAAGUUCUGAAACAUGAAGAAGAUUUAAAACAAAUAGGGGAGGCUGAUCAGGAAAAUCCAAAAACCACCUCUUUCAAAGAAGAACCUAAAAUAAAAGGAGUAAACAUGAAAGAAAGUCCUACAGGGGAGGGAGACUCAAACCAUCAGCAUGUGAGUAGAGAAGCAGUUGAGCAACCCAGGCCAUGGGAAAAUGAGACCGAGUAUUCUGAGGCAGAUGUGAAAGAAGAGCUUUCAAGAAAUCUUGGCAAGGUGACAGUAUUUGAGGAAAGCAUUCAGAAAAGUUCCCCUGAAGAAAAAUCAAAAGGCACCACACAGAAUACUAAUACAGAGAAUUUGACUCAGCAAGGAAUUAAUCGUACUGAGGAUGGAGGUUCAGACAGUGAUCUUGGCACACAUUUAGCUAGAGAAAAAACACUAAGACAGGAAUUCCAGUCUGAAGAGCUGGAUGCUGAAGAAGACCCUGAUCUGAAACAAGCAGAGGAAGAGCUAUUGGAAGAUGAGAAUGCUGCAAGUGCAAAGUUGUCACAAGAAAGACUUGCAAAUAUACAAGGUAAUAAACUAAAUAUUAGAAGUACAAACCUUGAAUUAGAAACACUAAAUGAAGCUAUUUCAGGAACUGCUAAUCCUAGUUACAAAAUUGAUGAAACAGAAGAGGAAACAAAUGCAUUUUCUGAGGAAGCAAAGAAAAUGCUCAGCAUGGAAGAUGCAACUGAGACUGAGAACAAAGAGGAUGACAUACAAGUCAGUGAAGACUCUAACCUGGAUGAAAUGGAACAUUUCAAGGAAGAUGAUGAGGAGUCUUCUGAAGCUGAAGAACCAUCAGCUGCGGAAGAACAUAAUUUCAAAUCUUCUGAAACAGAAGACAGUGAUGACUUUGACCAAAGAAAAGAACCUCUCCCAGAGGCUGUUUCGCAGGAAGACUCAAAAGAGACGCAGAAUUUAGAGAACACAAGAAACGAUCACCAGCAGCCUGCACAUCUCCCCAGCCCUGCUGAUGACUCAGCAACCACAGAUGACACUGUUAUAUCAGACUACAGUGAGUCUGUGAAACGGCUCACAAUAAUGAGGGAUUUCCUCGAUGAAAAGCGUAUAGCACGUUUACAAAAGUACCUUGGGCGCCAUCACGUGGUUAGGAUAGAAGCCAUGUUUCAGGACAUGAAGAUAGAGAUGGAGCUUGCUCGGAAGGCAAGUCAUAAUAAUGAAGAUAUAGAAAAAGCUUUGGACCAGAUACUUGAAUUUUCUGAAACUAGUAUUAUGGACGUUGUAGGAAAAGUUCUAGAUUCCAGAGUGGCAGAAAAUAAAGAGGAGGUGGUGAAAGAGAUGGAUUUGUACGAUGAAGAGGGUGCAUUGAUGGAUGAUAUUCAAGAAUUAAUAUAUUCUUUAAGGAGCAAAUACUCAUCUGCUAGUGAGAGUGUCCCACUUGCAGCUGUUCCAGAACAGGAAGAAGAUUACCAGGUCCAUCGUGAAGAUGCUGCAAAAGAAGCCAAAUAUGACAGAGUUCCCUUCAGGAACCCAAAUGCCAUUGAUGAGAGCAACCAGAUAUUUCAGCAGCCUGAAGAUAAGAGGCCAGUUCUGCCUUUUGAAAAGGAUGAGCAAGCUGUUAAUGUUCCACCUGAGCAUGAAGAGGCCAGUUUCUCAGAUAACAGAGAUGCCGAGGAAGAGUACGACAACGAGAAAAGAUUGCUGCCGGCAGAUGCUUCCUUUGGGUCAAUUGAUUCAGAACAGAGUACCAGGGAAGGCAUUGCUGCAGCCGCCGAAGAUAGCGCCGGAGCCGGCGCGGAGGCAGGUCCGGCCGCACGGGGAGCCCUCGGCGAGGCGGUGGCGGCGGCCAAGGACGGGCUGCGGCCGCUCGCGCAGCUGCUGAUUGCUACCCUGCCUGAGGAUAUCCGUCCUGGGCCUGAUUUCCAUGGACUUCCAUGGGAGCCUAUCAUUAUCACUGCCUUAGUGGGAAUUGCCACACUUGCUAUAAUCUUCUGGAGAACCUGCCUUUCAGUAAAGAGUAGAAUGUAUCAAGUGACUGAAAAGCAACUUGCUGAAAAGAUUAAAAACCUUCUACAAGAAAAAACAGAAAUCCUAGAAAAGAUGUCAGAGUACGAUAAAAAGAUAAAAGAAGCAAAGGAAUCGGUGAAAGUGGCCCAAGAGCAAAAAAACGUGUUCUCAGAUGAAGCUGCAGAACUUAAGGAUACUGUCAAAGGGCUGGAAGAAACAAAUCGUCUGCUGGAUGACAAAGUAAAAAACCUGCACACGAUGCUUGAAACAGAGAGAAAGCAGAAUGAGAAGAAACAGAGCAAGAUCACUGAAACCCAGAAGUCCUUGGAGAAACUUCAGGAAGUUAUCAGCGUGCAUUCAGUAGAGCUUUCAGAGGUGCAGAUAGCCCUUAAUGAAGCUAAACUAAGUGAAGAAAAGGUAAAAUCUGAGCUUCACCAUGUGCAGGAAGAGAAUGCUAGGCUGAAAAAGAGCAAGGAGCAACUACUAAAAGAAGCUGAAGGUUGGAGUGAGAGACAUACCGAGCUCAGUGAGCAAAUUAAACUGUAUCAGAAGUCUCAGAAAGACAUAGAAGAAGCAAUCGCCUACAAGGAAAAUGAAAUUGAAGUUUUAACUAACUGCAUUAUGCAGCUGAAGCAGCUUGACAUAGCUCCUGCCUCUGAGGCUAAGAAGGAUGGUGAAGGCUGUGAAUGGAGUACAGGAGAUGAUCUGGCCAAUGGAGAGCUACCAGAUAAUGAGAGUGAGAAGAUGAAGACUCAGAUAAAGCAAAUGAUGGAUGUCUCGAGGGUAAAAACUAUGUUAUCCAUAGUUGAAGAAGACAGAGAUCUUCUGCAAUCCAAACUGAGUGAUGAAGUAACAGCAAGACAUGAGCUAGAAGAGCAAAUAAAAAAAUUAGAACAUGACUCCUGUUCACUGCAGUCAGCUAAAUCUCGACUGGAAAAUGAAUGUAAAACAUUACAGCAGAAAGUGGAGAUUCUCAAUGAACUUUACCAGCAGAAAGAGAUGGCGCUGCAGAAAAAACUCACCCAGGAAGAGUAUGAACGCCAGGAGAAGGAGCAGAAAUUGUCUGCUGCAGAUGAAAAAGCAGUGCUGGCCAUUGAGGAAGUGAAAGUUUACAAGCAAAGGAUUCAAGAUAUGGAAGAAGAAUUGCAAAAAACAGAGAGAUCUUACAAAAAUCAGAUUGCUGCUCAUGAGAAAAAGGCACAUGACAAUUGGCUUAUUGCCCGCUCUGCUGAGAGAGCUUUGGCUGAAGAAAAAAGAGAAGCAGCCAACCUGAGGCAAAAGUUAAUAGAAGUGAACCAAAAAAUUGUUAUGCUUCAAAGACCAUUGAUUGUCAAGCCAACUCCAGGCAGACCUGAUCGCCAAGUCCCUCCACGAAGAGGGCCCUUAAGCCGAGAUGGCUCUUUUGGCCCAUCACCUGUGAGUGGAGGAAAUCCUUCCCCCACACAGAUGAUUGAAGUUUCUGGUCGUCCCCUUUCCGCUCCUCGAAGGGAAGGCUCAAGAGGUGAAUUUGGUACAGUGGUAGAUGGCCCCUCUGCUCCACGAAGGCCACCAGAGCUAUCUGGAAGGAUGUCCGUUCCUGAUCUCGGGCCUGCAGUAGCAUCCCUGAUCGGUACUGUGCCAAGAACCUCCUCCCCUUCUGCACCAAUGGAUGGAGUGCAGCCCUCUCCCAAAGAGCCUGAAGCCCCCUGUGUAACUACCGAUUCAUCUUCAUCUAUUGAACCAGCUACAGCUAAUAUUAGUCCGAAAGGUCCACCUUCUUUCCCUGGGACACCUAUCAUGACUUCUCCAGUGAUGGGACCUCCACCUCCACCACCUGUUCGAUAUGGACCUCCACCAGCUCCUCUCCGUGGGCACUUUGGGCCUCGACCUCUUCCUGGGCCCCUAGUUCGUGGUGCUCCCUUACCACCACCAGCUGUACGAGACUUCUUACCUGGCCCACCCUUAGGAAUGAGAGAUCUGCCUCCUGGCCCGCUACCACCGCCUCCAGAUCCAAGAGGAUACGGACGGGGGCAUCCUCCUUUUCGACCCCUGGGUCCUCAUGGCCCAAGAGAUUAUCCUCCAGGCCCACGGCUACCCCCACCUGGCUCGAGAGACUAUACGCCUUCUCCUAAUAGAGACUUGACUCCAUCAGGACCUAGAGACUACCCAGCAAGCCCUCCUCCACCACCACCACCGGCAGGCUCAAAGGACUAUACACAGCCUCCAGCGCAGAAACCCUAACUGCAGUGUCUGGUCAGCAGCUCAAUGGAACGGACUCUAGCGCGCUUCCUGCAGUCAGGACUUUAGAAGAUGGUUCUCUGUUUGAAGCCGUUUCUCUCAUUUCAGUAUAUUUCAGCUUUUGCAGGAUUAAUUUUUAUCCAAUUGCUACAGACAUCUUAUGUGCAUUUAUGAUCACCUUAUACUCAUCCAUCCUCUUGGGCUGCAAGAACUUUUUUGUGAUGGACUUGAACCUACUCUAAACGUGCAAUAGAAAGGAAGUACCUGUGUGGCUAGUUUUUAAUUAAAUGUAGCCUAUGUAACCAGUUGGUGAAUGAACUAAUUUCGUGAAAAAUGUAAAUCAAAUCAUUUCCUGUGGAAAUAAUUUUUAAGUAAAAUGCUAUCUUACCUGCCUUCUCCAUCACAUCAUUAAGCUGCAGUUAGUGUAGACCAGGGGUUUACAUGAGGAGUCUAAGGACUUUUUUUUUUUUUUUUUUUUUAAAAAAAAAAGAUGUCUGGUCAGAGAUCAGAAGCACAAAUGAUACUGUAUUCAAAGGAAAGUUAUAAUAAAAAGCAAAAUUCCUUUUGCUAAACCCUCAA